UGCAUUUAAUCGCGGAUUGCCAACUGCAUUUACUGCAGAAGGCGGCCUGAAAUAUGGACCAUAGGCUAUGACAGAUUUACUUUCAUAUAGUAACUUUCAUAUAGUAAAUUCUACGCGCAUAAACUCAAUUGGAUUGGCGUGAGUAGAUUAGAACCGAACUUUACUUUUCUACUUCCCAAAAAUGGAGGAAAUAGUCGCAAGAUUGGGGAAAAAUUUAGCUGAAUUGCGACAAAAUUUCAGGAGCGGAAGAACAAGAGGAUUGGUAUGGAGAAAAACACAGCUUAGAGCAAUCCUUAAACUCGUAGCAGAAAAUGAAGAUGAAAUUUUUGAAGCACUCAAUCGAGAUCUUGGGAAACACCCCGCUGAAGCUUAUCGAGAUGAGAUUGGAGUGGUGAAAAAAUCAGCUGAAUACUCGUUGCAUCAUAUUGAGAAAUGGAUGGCUCCCAAAAAGGUUAGUUGUUUCCUGAAACACUACUUUGUUUAUUGCAUUAAGAAGCAUGGGAUUACCCUUCAAUCAGAACUGCAGGGUAACAAUUUAAAUAUAAAACUGAAAACCUUGAAUAUUGCUUAGGUUCAACACUUCCCC